AUGGUGGAUUAUCGUAUCCCUGGAAAUUAUGAUAUAGUCGAAUUUGAUAAAGAUCCAGAAUUAGCCAGUAUAUCUGAAGCUCGUGUACGUGAUAUCAAUGCUUUGAGAAGUUUGAUUAAAUCAUUUCUACGUCAAUUGCCUGUCCCAUUAAUCACCUAUGAAGCUUAUCCAGAUUUACUUGACGUUGUUCGUAACGACCGAUUGGUGGAACAAGAAAAGCUUCAUCUAUUGAAGAAAGUAUUUUCUCGAUUACAAGGUGCUCAUUUCGAAACUGAAAAGCAAGAAAUCAAUAUGAUGACUACUGCUAACUUAGCUAUUGUUUUAUCUUCAACAUCAUUAAGUUCAUCGUACACAGAUCCUAUAAGUUGUUUAGCUGGUACACUAUUUGAACAUGCAUUAAUUGAAUUAUUAAUAAAACAUUGUGCUUAUCUACUACUACCAAGUGGUUGAUGGUAUACAACACCAAGACCAAAUGAAUUAAUCGGUGGUGUUAGGCAUUCACCAUCACCUCGUCAUAGUCAAAUUGUCA